AUGGUUCCAGAGCCCGGCCCUGUCAACAGUAGCACACCAGCCUGGGGCCCCGGGCCACCGCCUGCCCCAGAGGGCAGUGGCUGGGUGGCCGCCGCGAUGUGCGUGGUCAUCGUGCUGACGGCAGCCGCCAAUUCGCUGCUGAUCGUGCUCAUCUGCACGCAGCCCGCGCUGCGCAACACGUCUAAUUUCUUCCUGGUGUCGCUCUUCACGUCGGACCUGAUGGUGGGCUUGGUGGUGAUGCCCCCAGCCAUGCUGAACGCGCUGUAUGGGCGCUGGGUGCUAGCUCGCGGCCUCUGUCUGCUUUGGACCGCCUUCGACGUGCUGUGCUGCAGCGCCUCCAUUCUCAACCUCUGCCUCAUCAGCCUCGACCGCUACCUGCUCAUCCUCUCGCCGCUGCGCUACAAGCUGCGCAUGACAGCCCCGCGUGCCCUGGCACUCAUCCUGGGUGCCUGGAGCCUCGCCGCGCUGGCUUCCUUCCUGCCCCUUUUGCUGGGCUGGCACGAACUGGGCAAUGCUCGAACGCCUGCCCCCGGCCAGUGCCGCCUAUUGGCCAGCCUGCCUUUUGUCCUCGUGGCGUCCGGAGUCACCUUUUUCCUGCCUUCGGGUGCCAUCUGCUUCACCUACUGCAGGAUCCUGCUGGCUGCCCGCAAGCAGGCGGUGCAAGUGGCCUCGCUCACCACGGGCACGGCUGGCCAGGCCUUGGAAACCUUGCAGGUGCCCAGGACUCCACGCCCAGGGAUGGAGUCCGCUGACAGUAGGCGUCUGGCCACCAAGCACAGCAGGAAGGCUUUGAAGGCCAGCCUGACCCUGGGCAUCCUGCUGGGCAUGUUCUUUGUCACCUGGCUGCCUUUCUUUGUGGCCAACAUAGCUCAGGCCGUGUGUGACUGCAUCUCUCCUGGCCUCUUCGAUGUCCUCACGUGGCUGGGGUACUGUAACAGCACCAUGAACCCCAUCAUCUAUCCACUCUUCAUGCGGGACUUCAAGAGGGCCCUGGGCAGGUUCCUGCCCUGUGUCCACUGUCCCCCAGAGCACCGGGCCAGCCCUGCCUCCCCCUCCAUGUGGACCUCUCACAGCGGUGCCAGACCAGGCCUCAGCCUGCAGCAGGUGCUGCCUCUGCCUCUGCCGCCAAACUCAGACUCAGACUCUGCUUCUGGGGGCACCUCGGGCCUGCAGCUCACAACCCAGCUUCUGCUGCCUGGAGAGGCAACCCGGGACCCCCAGCCACCCACCAGGGCCACCACUGUGGUCAACUUCUUUGUCACAGACUCUGUGGAGCCUGAGAUACGGCAGCAUCCACUCAGUUCCCCCAUGAACUGA